UUGGUACAUCAAAAACUUUGUUACUCUUUUUUUUUUCUCUAUACAUAAACAUCACUCUCCCAUGCAAUAUUAUCACUACUACACUCCCACAAGUACUCUCCUUUGUCUUUAUACCUUGUUUUAGAUCUAUAACCAACCUUGCUUUCCAAUAAUCUUCAUUUUUCUCAUUUAUUUGGCUUUCUCCGUUUUCGCUUUUGAAAGCUCGAAAAAAAAUAUUAAAAGAGAAAAUGGGACGCGCACCAUGUUGUGAGAAGGUAGGAUUGAAGAGAGGAAGGUGGACUGAUGAGGAAGAUCAAAAAUUAAUCAAGUACAUUCUAGAAAAUGGUGAAGGGUCUUGGAGAUCAUUGCCCAAAAAUGCAGGUUUAUUGAGGUGUGGAAAGAGUUGCAGAUUAAGAUGGAUAAACUACUUGAGAUCGGACUUAAAGAGAGGAAACAUUACAUCCGAAGAAGAAGAAAUCAUCAUUAAGCUCCAUACUACAUUGGGAAAUAGGUGGUCUUUAAUAGCUGCUCAACUACCAGGAAGAACAGACAAUGAGAUAAAGAAUUACUGGAAUUCUCAUUUGAGCAGGAAAAUACACACAUUUAGGAGGCCAAAUGGAGAAGGUAAUGAAGAGAAAAUCAUUAUAAAUUUGAGCAGUGUAAGCGCACCACCUAAGCGCCGAGGUGGCAGAACUAGUAGAGCUGUAAUGCAAAGAAAUAGACUCAACAAAGCCAUUAACUAUAACAAUAACACGAUCCCAAGUGUGGGUCCCAACCAAGUGGGACCCAGUGUACCCAAGAAUAGUACUAAUAUUAGCAAUGGCAAUUUAAUAUUUGAUCAUGAAUCAGAGUUGUUGGGUAUUGAAGACAUUAUGGGCCUUGAUGGGCUUAUAUCCACCACAAAUGAAGACAGUGUAAAGGAAAGUGAUGCUGGUGUGGGACCCAAUGACAGUAAAGGGCUUAUGAAAAUGGGCUCAAUUGCAGAGGAUCCAAUUCAUCAAAAUACCACAUGUUCAGGAUCAAGUGGUGGAGGAUCAUCAACUACAACAUCAUCAUCAAACUUUGAACAUAAUUUUGAUUGGGAUUUGGAUAUAGGAACUGUUGAUGUUAUUGGAUCAGAGUUUAAACUGUUGGAUGAGAAGGACCAGAUUAUUUCUUGGUUAUGCGAGAAUGAUGAUUUUUUAGAACAACCUUUUUUUACUGAUAAUCUUUCAGCUGAUUUGGAUGCUGAAAAAGAACAAGCUAUGGUUGCUUGGUUACUCUCAUGAUUUCCACACUUCUUCAUCAUCAUUAUUAUACCCAUUGGAUUUUACCCAUAAAAAACCAUGAUCUGGAUCUGAAGAAGGAAGAAAGGCGGUAAUCUAUACCCAUAAAGAAGAAUUCAGUCAAAAAGUACCUCAACUCGAAAAAGAACCUUAGAAAGAGAGGUUCCUACAACGAGAUAGUUCUAAUUUGUUUGUUAGUUCUCCUACGUUUGUUUGUAACUUUUUGGAUAGGUCAGUAAGAUCUUUUCUUAUUAGAAAACUAUUUUGAAUUGUGUAAGAAAGUAUUUGAAAAUUAUCAGUAAUUAUUAUUAGGAGUGUUUAUAAUCGAGUAUUUAAUAUAGUGGUUCAUAAUUGAAAUAUGUUACCUUAGAAUACUCGGUAUUUAUUGGUUGAGUUAUCAAUUAUAAAAGUAUAUUUUUUGGGUG